GCCUUUUACUAGCACUGACGCUCUAGUCAGGCCAUCACCAUCGUGGGAGAGAAAGAGAAAGACAGACCACGCUAUCAAGCUAGCUGGCUAACUUCAGCCCCCUGCGUGACAGAGAACCACAAACCCAUCCCUCCCCGCCAGCCCGCUUCCACCACCCGGGCUCCAUUUGGUGGGCCCCCUCUCAUCUCCAGCCCUGGUUGGUGGAGAUUGACUGCAGCGAGGACUCCACACCGUUCUGGCUUCCCUGUCAUGGCAUCCAACAGCAUCUUUGACUCCUUCUCCAACUACAGCAGCAGUCUACUCAGAGAGCCGCCCACCACCAGACGGUUCACGCCGCCCUCCACGUCCUUCCCCUGCAGUAAGAUUGUAGACGGCAACGGGGCCAUGGCCACCCCUGGGCCCCUCAGGUCAAGACCGGACACCAGGAACGUGGUGGACGUCCUGGCGGAUCACGCCGGCGAGCUGGUCCGGACUGACAGCCCCAACUUCCUCUGCUCUGUCCUCCCGUCUCACUGGAGGUGCAACAAGACGCUCCCCGUGGCUUUCAAGGUCGUGGCUCUCGGUGAUGUCCCCGACGGGACUCUGGUCACCGUGAUGGCCGGGAACGACGAGAACUACUCGGCCGAGCUGAGGAACGCCUCCGCCGUGAUGAAGAACCAGGUGGCCCGCUUCAACGACCUGCGCUUCGUGGGCAGGAGCGGACGAGGAAAGAGCUUCACUCUGACCAUCACCGUGUUCACCGGACCGCCACAAGUGGCCACCUACCAUCGCGCCAUCAAAGUCACCGUGGAUGGACCCCGGGAACCGCGCAGGCACAGAGUGAAGAUAGAAGACCCCCAGAAGAUGCAGUUCUCGGACAGGCUGUCAGAGAUCGAGCGCUACCAGCGGAGUAUGCGAAUAGGCCCAGUGAACAAUAAUCCCCGCCCCAUCCACCAAACCCACCUCAGCACCACACAAGCCCUGUGGCAGGAGCAAAUGGACACCCCGGCUCUGAAGACAUGCAAGGUGGAGGAGGACCUGAGACCAUGGCCAGGGACUGCAGAUCUCUUCCAACAGAGGACCAGCUUCCCGUCUCUGUCGCCACUGACUGACCCUCGCUUCUCAGACCCCCGCAUGCAUUACCCCGGGGCCUUCCCCUACUCCACCAACACCUCCAGCACUGGCCUCAGCGGCCUCAGCAUGUCAGCCUCUUCUAGAUACCACACCUACCUGCCGCCUCCCUAUACAAACAACCAAUCCCAGAACUUCCAGUCCAACUCCUACCUGUAUUAUGGCACAGGCUCUGGAUCCUACCAGUUCUCCAUGGUGGCGCCGGGGAACACCGGGGGUGAGCGCUCCCCUACCCGCCUGCUGUCCUGUUCAGGGGCCGCGGGCGCCGGAGGGACCAACAACCUGAUGAACCCGGGCCUGAACACCCAGAGCGAGGGCGUGGAGGCCGACGGCAGCCACAGCAACUCCCCCACUGCCAUGAGCUCAGGCCGUUUGGAUGAGUCCGUCUGGAGGCCUUACUGACUGACAGAUAGCUAGACAAUCACAAGGUGCGGGAGAAGUGAGGGAGGAAAAGUAAAGGGGAUGAUGAACAAAAACGAUGAACACUGAAAGAAAAAAAAACAAACAAAAAAAAGAGAAAAGCUGCAUGUUUGUCUUUUAUUUCUCCGGCACUCGCUUUAAAGACUUGCUGCGCUUUACCAACUCUCUCAAGACUUCCAUGUAUUUUGUAAAUUUUGAGUAAACUCCUGCACUGUGCUAAAACAUGUACUCUUAAAAGGACUAUAAAAGCCAUAUAAGUUGAGAUGAUGUUCAGCUGAAACUGUAAAUAGACCAGAGGGCAACACCAGAGAAGCCAUAGUAACCUUUCAGGAUCAUUUGACUGGUGUAAACUGGUACUCACCAAAGACAAUGGCGGUUUGAUCAUUCAGUACAGCUGAUGAACUGAAAAACCACAGCAGACAUUCAUCAAACAGACUGUUCAGACUGAUCCAACUCACUUGCUAGAUGGAGAAGAGCAGUUGGACUGGAUGUUUGUUCUCCGAGUGACUCCGAUAUCCUUCCAAGGCAUGACUGCACUGCUGUAGCAAUCAGUCCUUUUAAGCUUUAAUUACUGUAUUAUUUGCAAAAAUAUUGUGUCAGUUGUGAUCUUCAGUUGCAUCCAGGGCUGUUUCAUGUGCUCAUAGUACUUAUGCAGUACCUUGUUGCCUAAUUUAUUAACCAAAUGGACACAUUGGCCUUUGGUGCUACGGUAUGCAGUGGAUGUUUCAGCACAAUCGCUGCAUCUUUGAGAGAAAAUCAUUUUAUCUGUCAGAACUCACAAAAUGAAUUCUCCUCUGCUGUGUCAUCAGUGUAUCGAGUUUCAACAGGACAAUGGCUGAUAUUUUGAGGAAUGUAAAAGACUAACACAGAGGGGUGUUUAUUAGUUUCUUUUCCUGCAGGAAUAUUUAAGUCAUGUUGUGUCUACUCUUUCCCUUAAAUCUCUUAUUCAAGCCUUUUUCUGGAAAAAAAAUAGUCCUAGUCUGGUAUUUUGGAACUGGAUGACGCAGUUUACUUUUGAUAUUUAUUUGAGCCAAAUUGUGAGGAAAUGUGCGCAUAUACCCAAAAUCCUUAAGCAUUUCUCUCUACUUUUCCUUUAUUUUAAUACAUGUAUAUAUAUAUAUAUAUAUAUAUAUAUAUAUAUAUAUAUAUAUAUAUAUAUAUAUAUAUAUAUAUAUAUAUAUAUAUAUAUGUAUAUGUAUAUAUACAGUAUAUAUACCAUAUUUUGUUGUUAAGUAUAAAUUUGGAAUUUGUGUAAUAUAUUGCUACUAAAUUAUAAAAAACAAAACCUUUAAUGUAAUUAUUUUGUCUUCCAAUGUAGCUUUGAUGCACUAAAAACUUUUAUUCCUUAAGAACCACGCCCAACAGAUUCUGUUAGUGAGAUGGUGUAUCUAGAGCCGUAAUCUUUUAAACAAUUUCCAAAUUGCCUUUCUGCGCUAAAUAAGCCAGUUGCUUAAUUUUUGCACUAUGUUUGAACUUUCAUUUUUACAUUUUGGUUAUGUAUUUGCAAAUAUCUCAAACUCUGCCGAACUAAAUAUUAAAUAUUCCUUCACAUAUAUUUGCUGAACACACUUAAAGUGUCCUUUUAAGAAGUAAUUGAUUUCAUGGUUAGACACACACACACACACACACAUUCCUGCACCACAGGUGUGUGUGCACAUUCCCCGUGUCCGGAGGGCCUUUCCCUGCAGUCACACAUGUGAUCCCACUAUCCCUGGACGUGAAAGAGUGUAAGGAUGAAGGGGUAGAAGGAGGGUGUGGGGUCAGAGUGGUAUCUUCUUACCAACACCAAGGGUAGUUAUGCAAAAAACCCUUCAUUUGUUGUGCACAGGUCCCUUUGUUCUGUAUAAUCAGUGAGUGCUUUGAAGCCUUUAGGGCCUUGAUUCUGUCUUGUCUAGUCUAAUUUACUGAUCAUCAAUGCCAGGGGCUCAUGGCUCAGCCAAUAAUUCAUAUGCCUGCACAGAUCAUCUGGGUAUGAGCUGUGUAAAGGCUUUUAUAGCAGGUAUCAGGUGGCUAAUAUCUACUAGAGAAGUCCUCCACAAGACGGAAGCAUUCAUGACUUUGAAAGAUGGGUAUUUAGUUGCUACAAAAGUGAAAUUUAAUUUCAAAGUGAAUAGUGAUCCAAAAAGGCUUGCAUUUGCAGCUCAGGUAAAAAUAAGUUAUGCAAGGUGUUUUGUAGAUCUCACAUCAAGAUCCUCUGCCUUAUUCCUCUUUUUUUUUUUUAACAAUCAGUAACAAAGCCUCAUUCCUAUCUCCCUUUGAUUUAGAGGAAAAGCAUGUUUCCCUGCUCUCUCCUCUGGAGCCUUUAUACGGUAGAGGACCUUACUUUAUUAUGGGCAAAAAUCAUGCAGCUAGAGAAACCACAUGUGUAUUUAUAUUUGUGUGGUUCCUUCAAAAAAAACCAAAGAUCUUCACAACUGCCUGUAAUAUUGUCAGGAUGUUAAGGAUGAGAAAGACGUGUGGCAAAUGAACCAUGUUUUGACUGAUCUCUAGUAUCAUUCUUUAUGCAAAACUAGGAAGCCAAAAUGUUCAAGUGAGUUGUAUUUUAUUGUAUAUUGGAUUAAAGAGCACAAUGUUACUUUUUUCUUUUUGUUUUCUUUUUACAACAUGCCCCUUUUCCUUUUCAUAUACCAAAAUGUUAAUUCAUCUUGCUCCUUUCAUUUCUUUUUAUGCUCAAAGCAUGUACAUCUGAAACUGAUAUGUUAAUUUAAGAAUCUCAUCUAUGUAUGUAAUGAUAUCGUUAAUGCUUCCAUAUUGAGUGCUUGUAAAGUUUGCGGAUAAUGUAGUUUUUAAUCAUUUUAAUUAAAAAACAUGUGUCUCA